GAAUUGAAAUGUAUAGUAGGAAUAGAGAGGGAGUGAAGUAUAGAAAAGUGGGAGGUUGUAUGCAGUGAUAUUUUUGUUGUUUGUCGUGAGAGAAAAUAUCGCGUCGUCGCCAUCAUGUCACGGGGAAGGUUCCGGGAGAAUGAUACGGAGAAGUUCUGUAAGCUAUUUAUUGGCGGCCUUCAUUAUGUUACGGAUGAAGAAAGCCUCAAGAAAUAUUUCAGCCAGUGGGGUGAAGUAAUCGACUGUAUCGUCAUGAGAGACCCUAAUUCUAAGAAAUCUCGCGGCUUCGGAUUUAUCACCUAUAAGACGGCCGAACAGGUUGAUGAAGCCCAGAAACAUCGACCACACUGCAUUGACAGUAAAGAGGUGGAGACAAAACGUGCCAUGCCACGCAAUGAGGUUGAGUCACAACCGACAGUUAAGAAGCUAUUUGUGGGUGGCAUCAAGGAAGAAAUGACAGAAGAGGACCUACGAGAGCUGUUUGGUCCCUUUGGUGAGGUGAAGACGGUUGAUAUGGUCAUUGAUAAGAACACGCAAAAGAAAAAGGGUUUCUGCUUUGUGACGUUUGAAGAUUACGACACAGUAGACAAACUGGUAUUGACCAAGUUCUUUGAGUCAAAGGGUAAAAAAAUUGAGGUGAAGAAAGCUCUGUCCCGUGAGGAAAUGAACAAGGUCCGUAGUGGAGGUGGAUCUGGUAUGGGUAUGGGACCUGCAGGAGCAAUGGGUUAUGGAAUGGGAGGUGGGGACUUGCCAAUGCGUGGUGGCGGUGGUGGUGGCAUUCGUGGAGGUCGUGGCGGCAUGUCACUUGGCCGUGGACGCAUGAACAACUGGGGACCCCAGGGAGGUUUCUGUGACGAUGGUUAUGGUGGCAGUGACGGUUACGGUGGCGGUGGCGGGUGGAACCAGGGUGGAGGUGGGCAGUUUAGUGGUAACGGUUAUGGUGGAGGUUGGGGCAGUGGAGGAGGAGGGGGUGGUGGCAACUUUGGCUCAAACUAUGGCAGUGACUACGGAGGUGGGCCAAUGAAACGGGGCGGCUACUCCCAGCGAGGUGCAGGUCCCUACGGCAACUUCAGCGGUGGCGGAGGAAACAGUGGUGGUGGUGGCUAUAGACGUUGAGUGAGUAUCUCUGCAUCAGGCUUAUCUCUCAAACCCUACUACUACUACUACAAGAUGCUACACAGUAUAAAGCCAACAUGGCAAUGUUCUACAGUAAAUCUACUUCUACUAUUACUACUAUUACGAUAAAAAUGAUUUCAGUACUACUACUACUACUACUACUACUUCUUCUACAAGAUGCUACAGUAAUAAGGCCAGCAUGGCAAGUACCACAGUAAAAUAUCACAAUUAUUACCAUAAAUAUAUGCAUAUGUGUAUGUAUGUAUAUAUGUGUGUGUGUGUGUGUGUGUAUGUAUAUAUAUAUAUAUAUAUAUAUAUAUAUAUAUAUAUAUAUAUAUACAUACAUAUAUACAUACACACACACAAUACAGUAAUGCUGCUAUUAUUUCCCAACUGAAUGAAAGAAGACAUUCUAGAUACAGAUAUAAGGUAGUCAGCCCAUUAUCAUUGACUUUCCUACACCCCAAAUAAGUGGCACUAUAUACAACUUCGCUGCUAGCAUACUUACUAUAAUCUUAAAUCUUAUGCCAUCUCUCCAUCUAUACUUCUACAUCUCACACACGUAUAUAUAUAUAUAUAUGUAUGUAUAUAUGCUGUAAUACUAUAUUUUGUGUCUUAAUUUUUAUCUACCAAGAAACUACGGAACAAUUUACGUAAGGACUCUAAGGCAGCUGGAUGUUAUAAAAAACUACAAACCUUUUCACUAAUACAACUGAACAUCUUUUGAGAAUUCCUUUAAGACUUUCAUUGACUUCAAAAGAAAAGGAGGAAUAUAUUGUUGUAUGUAUAUGUACAUACAUUCAUUUUUAAAAAAAAAUCUAUAUCUUAUAACAGUAAGAAACGAAAAUGGAAAAUAGAAAUCAGGAAAGAAGAGAGGUAGAGAGAAGAAGAAAAGACAAGUUCUUUAGCAUCUUUUAAGAAAUAAGGAUUUAAAAUGAGAAACGAGAUACAUUGCAACAACACCUCUCUACAUCAGUCUAUGUAUAUUGUAUAUCUAUAUUAUAUAUAUAUUUAUAUAUAUAUAUAGAACUCUAUAUAAAUUUAAGUGGGAAGAGAAACUUUUGUAUGUAGGUGGAGAGAUAAAGUUACACACUUAAAAAAAAACCUGUCAGACAUAUUUCCAACAUAAACUGUAUUUAAUUCUAAAUCUACUUCAUUUAACUCCUUUAUUUAGGUAAGGACACAUCUGUUAUUAAUAUCAUUAAUAUUAUAAUUAUUAUCAUCAUCAUUGUUUGACACAAUGUCAAAUGGAGGACAUGCUGGAGUUGUUUCUCCUCAGUUUGCACUCGUCAGUAAGCGUUAUGUCCUUAAACAAAGACAGUCAACUUUACUCGUUUAAGGCAUCAUGCCAAAUUAAGAAAUCAUAAAAAUUAUUAUUUCUUAAAGUAAUUAUGCCCUCAUAAAAAAAUUCUAUUAUUUAUUAUGACUACUACUAUUACAAUUAUUAUUAUUACUAUCCUAAUAGUACAUUUUGUUUCUUUCCAUAAUUCAUGAAAUAUCUACUAGUAAGUUCUGAAUUUCCAUUGUAUAUUUUUACUUUCUUUUAUCCUCUCUAGUUUUCCAUCAUCAGUGAAUAAAAAGUAUUUGUUUGAAACCUUAA